CUAAAUAUCCUUAGAUAUGACGCCAUUUUGAACUUCCUCCAGAUUUCGCUAUAAAACACAUCGUAUUUGUAGUCAUUGAUCUCUCUAUAAUUUAACAACCUUUGAAAAAAAACCCCGUUUUCACAGAAAGAGGUGGUAACCGUGUUAUGUCCACUAUGAAUCCAGAAUAUGAUUACCUGUUUAAAUUACUUCUAAUUGGUGACUCUGGUGUUGGAAAAUCUUGCCUGCUGCUACGAUUUGCUGAUGAUACAUAUACAGAGAGCUACAUCAGUACAAUCGGUGUAGAUUUUAAAAUUCGUACCAUAGAAUUAGAUGGAAAAACAAUCAAACUGCAAAUAUGGGAUACAGCAGGUCAAGAAAGGUUCCGAACUAUAACAUCAAGUUAUUACAGAGGUGCACAUGGGAUUAUAGUGGUGUAUGAUGUCACAGAUCAGGAAUCAUUCAACAAUGUAAAACAAUGGUUACAAGAAAUUGAUCGUUAUGCGUCAGAAAAUGUUAACAAAUUACUUGUCGGUAAUAAAUGUGAUUUGACAACAAAGAAGGUUGUGGAUUAUACAACAGCUAAGGAAUAUGCUGACCAGCUUGAGAUACCAUUCCUUGAAACUAGUGCAAAGAACGCAACUAAUGUAGAACAAGCAUUCAUGACAAUGGCUGCUGAAAUCAAAAACCGCAUGGGACCCGGCAGUGUACCGUCAUCAGAGGCCUCUAGAGCAGUGAAGGUAACGCCAGGAACGCCAGUCAAUCAGAGCAGCGGCGGCUGCUGUUCUUAAGCGACAGUUGCCGGGACAGUUUAAGCGUAGAAUUUAAAAAUUGAAAUAACUCAAGCAACAUCCGAUUGGCUCGCGCAUAGACUUUGUCGUCAAUGUUGAUGGGUGUCUAACGCAUUGUAAUUUGCUAUCACACCCGAAGUAAAAAAAAUAACAACUGAUCUGUUUUUAUCUCCAGAAACCCCUCUUCUCUCCCAAUUUCUGUCCGGAUCAUUAGCCUUGUCCAGCUUGUUUGAUAAAAAAAAAAAUGUUUACCAUGAUAAAAUUAUUAAUAAUAAUGGACCUUUGAUAACCUUAUUCUAAGGAUAGUGUAACAAAUUUAGUAUAAUUUAUAUUAACAUAGAUAUAUGUAUGCACGUAUGUAUAUGUGUACAUGUGUAUUAUAUAGUUAUGUAAAUAUAUUGGAGUGUGCAGAUACACAAACUCACACACAUACACAGAUAUAUAUGUCUGUGGGUACAUAUUACAUAACAGUAACCAAAUACUCAAUUAGUAUUGAAUACCUAGGUCUGCUUAAUACACAAUGUUAUUUCAUAAGUUGCAGUUGUUUGAAUGGUGGACCUUACUGUAAUUUAACUAAGAUAAAGUAAUUCUUAGUUUGAAUGCCAUAAUAUAUCUUUGUAUAAAUGAUUCUUCCAAUUCUGUUGAUUAAUUAACUUUUUUUUUCUGUGGAUGGUUUAUAUGCACGUGAUAUUUGAUUCUGGAGCAAAUACGAGAUGGCUAGUAGAAGUCCUGUGUAUUUGUAAAUAUUUUGAGCCACAGUUUGAAAUGAUCUGCAAUGUUGUUAAAACUUUAAAAGCUUGUUGAUUUUAUGCACUAAGCUUAUUCUUGUCACUUUGGUCCUGAAGCAAAUGUCACGCGAUUUAACAAAUGCUGAUUUGUUAUUGGUAUGCUUUCUUAAUCCCACAAACAUUCCAAAUGCCCUUAAAUGAUUCGUCACACACUAGGAACGUGUGUAAAAACUGGAAAAAAGACUAUUGACAAAAAAAAAUUAAAAUAACAUAUUUUAUUGAGUAUAUACAUUCAUGGUGCACUUUACUGUCGUAAAUUUGAUACCUCCAUCAGUUUAACCUAGAUAGAGUAGUAGAUACAAAUAUUGAAAGCUUAGUUCAUUUACAAAUUACAUCAUCUUUCACAUUGAGUGACUGUUGCUUAGAUUUUUGUCCACUAUUCAUUUUUUUUUUUGUUUUUUUUUUUAAUUCCGAAAACAAUGGAAUUAUAUUGGGAGGUUUUUAUUUGUAAUCGCAACCUAUUACAUCACGAAUAAGCCAAGUAGUGAUUUAAGACGGUUUUUCCUGGAAAUACCCAUUGUUAACACUCUUAAUUUGGAUUUCUUUAUUGUAAAAUUGGUAUUUUAUAUAUAUAUUUUUUUUGAUUUAACUGAUUUGGUUGAAAACAGAUGAAAACUGUGUAGAUGGGAGGAUGUUGGUGUAAACCUUAGUUUUUAGAAUAGUAGUUUCAAUGAUAUAUCUGAAGGAGGGAAGAAGACAGGAAAUGAUGACUUAAAGCCUAAGAAUUUUCAAAGCAUGAUAUACAGUAUAUACUAUUAUUUAGGUCUAUUAAGAUUCUUCAGUUAUUUUGUUCCCUUAAGGCAUAUUAUCCAAAAAUGUAAAUGCUUGAUUUUCAAUUAACUAAUUCAACUUGUAUAGAGCUCAAUUGUUAAGAUAAUGUUGAUAAAAGGCAAGCAGUUGCAAACAUACAGGCAACUUGUUGACGUUUAAUAACAAUAUGUAUAUUAUAUCUUGAUUUAUAUAUCCAUCUAUGUGGUUUUUUUUUGUUUUUUUUUUUUUUCAUUUCUUAAAUUAGCAUUUUCUAGGGAAAAGAGAUGAUUUGUUAAAAUUUGUCGCGAUAUUUUGUGUGAAUGUGCCGUACAUAGGGUUCUGUUGUACAUUUGAUAACGUACCAUUUAGUGAAUCUGAAUAUAAAAAAAUAGGCAUGGACAAAACGGCUUGCUAUAUAAUAGAUGUAAACUCCUGCAUAUAUGUGUACAGAUAAAAGCAUUUUUAACACAAUACUAUUAUGAUCACAAGGGAUACAUUACCAAGAGACUUUAUGAUGAAGAGAUGAAAAUUAAUGUAAUAUUUAAGACACCUGAUCUUUUCACUUAGCGGGUAUUGUAUAAUUGUACAAAUUUAGCCUGCAAUAUAAUUAAAUAAUCUACAUUAUGUUUACUGUGCUUAUAUAUUGAACUGAGUAUUUAGAUCAAGUGCUUUUGUUGUAGAUCUUGGUUUAUUUUAUUUUUUUAUUUAUUUUUUUUUUGGAAGGUGACAUUGUAUUUGUCACAUGUAAGGAGGAAAAAACUAUUAAAAUUGGAAGAUGACAAAAGACAGUAGAAGACAUAGUAAUGAAAUAGCUUUUUUUGUAAUGUACUGGUCACCUGACUGUUGUGUGCUUUUUAAUGAUCCUCAGUAGCUGUAUUAGCAAUUGAACUAGGUGAAAAAAGCACUUUUCUUUCAAAUAAGGGAAAUUCUUAUGUGAACAAUACAGUCAGAAUUUCAGAGUGUCAUUCACACAUUAGGAAGAUCACGCCACGCUUUCCUCCUGCUAAGUUAGACUACUUAAGUAGGACGUCUCUCUUACGAAACACAUUUUAUUUGUUGUUUCUAAAUUAGGCUUGUGACUAGUGAAACCAGCAUCACAUUCACCAGACUUCAUGUACGCUGCAAACUACAUGCACAUGUUGUCCAAGCCUAGAACAUGUGGUUAAUCUUUCUAUUACAUUAUAAAUAUUAAUGUUGCAUAAACACUAUAAAUACAUUAAAUUGUAUAUGUAGCAUUGAAUUAACUAAGCAAUUGAUUAAAAAGAAGAGUGUAGGGAUAUGGUUAAUAAAUGUGGAUACUCAUUAAUAACUACAUAA